GUCACGCAUGGAGCCACUGACGCCCGCACCCAAUACCCCUCGUCAAAGCAGCGGCAACAGUUGGCGUCAGUUAUCUGAGCUCCUUCAUUUUCCCGACUCGGAUCUCUUGACUCUUGUCUCUUCCUCACCAUGUCUGCUUUGUACGGUAUCUGUUUGUUUCUUUUGUCCGGUCUCGUCGCCCCCCAGGCUCAAAUGUCGACCACUUCUCCGCCUGUCGUCACAGUGUCGUGCGCUUCCAAGUCCAACAGCAGUUGUGCAAAAUGUCUACAAGAUGCCUCUUGUUUGUGGUGCGCGCCCAGCAAACAGUGCGUCGACUACCCCGUGAAGAACAUCCUACCUCCCAGCAGUGUGUGUCCCCUCAGUGACGCGUGGUGGGGUGUAUGCUGGGUUAACUUCCAGAUAAUGAUGAUCAUGCUGGGUGUGCUGUCUGGCCUUUUCGUCCUGGCCUUCCUCGUGUGCUGCCUGUACUGCUGUUGCUGCCGGCGGCGGCGUCAGCAGCGAGUCAGUGACGACGACGAGGAUUUAAGGGCAGAACAACACACCCGAGCGAGGAACGCCCGUCAGAAAGAAAGGAGAAUGGAAAUGCAGCUGAGGCAUGAUAAAAUAAGACAGAAAUAUGGUAUUUCGAAGGACAAUCCCUACUCCCGCAUGGACGAUAAGAAAUAAGUGACCCAAUUCCUCAGCUAGUGGCCCACGCCGUUUAUUUACUCCAUUGCAGAGUAGCAGGUGUCUUAUUUGAAGUGAGCCAUCUAUUGAAGAGGGGGCCACAACUUGAGAAUGUACAGUCCGAUUUAACAUGAAGAUGAAGCACAUUUAAAAUGCUUUUAUGCUACACUGUGAUCUUUCGCUUUGAUUGUGUUCAUGUUUGCCAAAAAACAAACGAGAUGUUAAAAAAUCAGUUACUGAUGUUCAACUACAUUCUGACUACACUAAUCCCUCUGUAAAUUACAGUUCACUUGUUGCGUAUUCAGUGCAUCACAGAUUUUGUCUUGGUCAGUUUCGUGCAGUUACUCACCUGCACAUUUUUGGUUUAGAUAGCGUUGCUGGCUAUUUGACUAAUUUGGCAGCAAUGACUCACAUAAGGACAAAUAGGCGCUCUUUGUAGAAAAAGAAAAUUUACUGAGUAAUUUACACGCACACAUUACUAAAUUGCUUAGUAAUACAGCAAACAUGACCAACAUGCCACUGGUUAACACACAAGCCACAUUGAGAAUUAAAUUCAGAAAUGCCAACCUAGCCCGACGUACAGUAUAGCUAAUCACAUAAUGACAUUGAAUUCCAUAUGUGAACUUUUAAAAUGUAUGUAAAUAUGCAGUAAAUAAUUGGGUCACUACUUCACGGGGUUUCUGGAACGCAACUCCAGCGAUGAACGAGGGAUCACUGUAUUUUAAUUUUGUUUUGGUCUUAUUUUGUCAUAAACUGUCUAGUUUACACUCCAGCAAGAGAUGUAAACCUGUAUUGAAAUGGCAGUAUUUUCACAUUGCUCAUGUUUGUACUGUAUGUAUGUAUAUAGACUUGUAACAUGUAAUCAUACGUGUUUGAUAAAUGUAUGUACUGUAUUGUUCAACAA